UUGGCGAGGCCUGCGCGCGUCCUUUCUUCCUUCGAACCUCGAUCGAUCGAUUGCGAGCUGGUAAUCUAGGGUUUGAUGUCGCUCGCUUCGAUUCCUUUGGCAUGUGCUGUGGAUGGACGAUUCCUACCUCUACUCACUUCGUUCCUUUGUGGUCGCCUCCGGAGCCGCUAUUCUUUGCCGCAUCUGCUCCUUUUGGGCCUUACGAUCGAACCCCAGAGGGGUCUUCCAGGUUCUGCCAAGCGGGAGACAUUGGCGGUGGGGAUUGCAACGGCCACUGCGGUGACGGAAAUCAGUUGGUGCCGGAGAGAACUACGCGUGCACUCGACUACCUCGACUACACUAGCCUUUGCCGCCUAUCCAUGACUAACUCCUCGAUGAGAAGUGCUGCGAACGACGACGGCGCCUGGAAAGCCCUGUACCACAAGGUACAAUGCUGUUCUUCAGAGUUGGGCAUUGAUAUUCAAUUGGGACCGAGGUGGUGUUCAGGAGAUUGAUCUCCAAUUACGCGAUGUCCGAGCCCUUGUCGACAACGCGGCAUGGGUUACAAUGGACUCCUAUGUUGGUUCGGGCAGGGGAUCAUUCCACGUGACUAAUAUUUUCGAGUUUCACCAUGGCCGAUGGCUUCAG